AUGGCAUCGAUCAAUGACCUCGCUACGGCGGCCAUAGCGACGUCGGCCGCAACCGGCGAGCAGGCCGGAGAUGCUCUCCCCGUCACCACGCCUCCGGCGGGUGUUGUUCGCGGCGCCUUUAUCGCCUUUGAGGGUCUUGAUCGGAGCGGCAAGACCACGCAGGUAAAGCUGCUUGAACAACGGUUGAUUGAGGAGGGGAAGAAGGUCAAAGUCAUGCGGUUUCCGGACAGAACAACCCCUAUUGGCCAGAUGAUUGAUGCGUAUCUCAAAAGCUCAGUCGAGAUGGAAGACCACGUCAUCCACCUUCUCUUCAGCGCCAACAGAUGGGAAGCAGUGAAAAACAUCCAAAAUCUACUCGCUUCAGGAUACACCGUCAUCUGCGACAGGUACUACCACUCUGGCAUCGUCUACUCCGCCGCGAAACAGAACCCCCAUCUGAACCUCCACUGGGCGCGCCGGCCGGAGAUUGGCCUUCCCCGGCCGGAUCUCGUCCUGUUCCUCGACCUCGAGGAAGCCGUCGCUAGAGAGCGCGGCGGCUGGGGCGGGGAGGUGUACGAAAAGGCCGAGUUCCAGAAGCGGGUGCGCGAGCUGUUUUGGGGGCUGAGCCUAGGGCGAGUCGGGCCUGAUGGGGGCUUAGGCGAGGAGGGCAGGGUUGAUCGAGAGUUCCGACAGGAGGAAGAGGACUUGGUUGUCGUCGAUGCUGGAGGUACUCUUGAGGAUGUUGCCGAGGAGAUUUGGAGAAAGAUAGGGCCCAGGGUGGAGGGUGUUGAGAAGGGUGAGGCUGGGAGCACGGUGAGGGUUGUGUCAUGA